AUUCACUUAAGGGUUACCAAAUCUCGUCACUAUACUUCAUCGUUCUCUUUCCCUCUCCUCGUACUUGCUGUUCCUCUUCUUCUCCUAACAUUCUCUCUCACUCCCUUCUCAUACUCCCAUACUAUCUAACUAUUCUCACUUGUGUGCGCUCCUAUUCCUUUCUCCUGGUCCCAUACCUCAACUUACAUAUACAACACCCGAGUAAUCUCUACUGAACCACAAAAAUGCCUGUACGCUGGAGUCCCGAGAACGACCAGCUUGUAAGUCCGGCCUCACCAACGCCUCCCCUACCAAGGCACAACCUAACCACCCACAGCUUCUCCUGAAGAUACUGGAAACCCAUGAUAUCUCCGUCGACACCAGAAAAGUCUCCGAAGCCUGGCGUAAGCCCUCACCUAAACCUCUCCCACAUAAAUAGCAUACAUACUAACAACCCAAACCCCACUCAGCCGGCACAGACUCCAACAGUCGACCCACCCCCCGCGCCAUCACCGAACGCCUGGCCAAAAUGCGCCAGAUAGUCAAAGCAUCCAACAACGGCCCCGAAGGCCACUUCAGCAUCGGAAGAGGCACGAACGCCAACCCCGGCAGCGCAGCGUCGACUCCCCAUAAACAGCGCAAGAAUGCGACAGCUGGUCUCAAGACCCCGACUUCUGGGAAGCGUAAGCAUGUCGUUAAGGCUGAAGAAGAUGUUGGGGGUGAUGCUGAAGUGCUGGUCAAAGAGGAAGACGACGGGAAGAAACCACUUGGGGAUGCUUCUGCGGGGGUGAAUCAGGGUCAGGUGUUUGUUUUGCUUAAGACUGAGUCGAUUGACGAGGAUGCUUUUGUGGGGGACGGGUCUCCAUCGAAGCGUGCGCGUAGGGCUAGUACUCUUCAUCCUGGUAUGGUUAAUACUUAUAAUGAGGAGGAUAGCGGAACUGAACUGGAUAGCUCGGUCUCUGAGUAUCUUCCUGAGGAAUCGGCUAAGGUGGAGGAGGAAUUUUGGAUGGCUUGAUUUUUUUUUUUUUUAGUUUGCUCUGGUGAAUUAUGUAUUAUGGGGUUUUGGAUUGCAUGGAUGGGG